AAUUGCUUUCAUUUUACCAGGGAAAAAAAAAAUUGAAUUAACAACAACUGACUUUCCACCUGUCAACAGUUACAGAGAUGAAAACACCAUUCUAAUUGUGUUCUACUCCCCAGUAAUCUAACACCAGCAGGGCAGGUAGCAGCCUUAGAGGGGAGAUCAUUGGCCCGGUGUGACCCAAUGCUAAUUCAGCCCAGCUGUGAUAGAGGGCCCAGGGCAUCCUGGGAAGUGCCAGUGAGAGAGAAGAUAAGAAGCAGGGAGGGCUGGUUCUUCUCUCUCCAAGAAAAAUGAACCCAGAAUGGCAGCUAGGUGAGCACAGCCCUGCAGCCUCAACUGAAGAUCCUUCCUGUUCUUCCGUUUCACCUUUGGGUACCCCUGGUGAGGAGCGCUGGAUCUGGCUGCAGAUGCAGAGCCAUGCUGUGCCACGUGGUCUAUGUUGUUUUCUUCAUCGACUCUUUUCUGGACCUACAGUUCUUCCAGCAGCACGAUCAGGGCUUGGCAGCAACACGGGCUUCUUUGACCUUCCUUUGUGAGCUGCCUGCUUGCAGUGCUGACUUUUCAAAAGGCACAACACACCGAAAGUUAUGGUAUUUGAAGCAUGAUUGAAGAAUCUUCCAUCUGUCUCAAGGAGAUUUCAUUUUGAUUUCCUGGAGGAGAAGCUUCUUGCUUUGAACUGGGAAUCCAUGAGUUUGAUUAUUUACAAAAUGGUGUGUCUCAAGUUUACAUAGAAAUGGAUAGCUUAGAUGGAAGUUGAUAAGAGUCGCUUUCGUGUUUGGCAUCCCAUGGACUUCUAGGUCAGACAAACAAUAAGUAUGAAUCAGUAAUCUUGUACGAGUUUCAAAAUAGCUGAUAAACAUAUCAAGCGUGCUAAGAAAACUGGGAGUGGGGAGGGAGCCGGGUUUGGGUAUGCGGUGGUGCUGUGAGUCAACACCAGCUUUUCUCUGCAUUGCCACAAACACAUGAGUUGUAGGUGGGCGUGAUGGGACAAGCCUGAGCCUGGGACUUAACUGGCUUAUGGAGAACCUUCUCUUGAAAAAACAUCCAUAAAGCAACCAAAGAGAGAUCUUCAAAUUUGAGUACACAGAGUUACUUGGUUACAUCCAAAGAAACUGAGGGUUACUGUGGACAAUUUCUUAUUGGCUUGAGGACUCAGAUUCAAGGGUUAGAGAAAAGAAGUCUGAACCAGAUGGAAGGCUGUUGAAUAUCCCUCUCUUGUUAAAAUCUGUAGCAGGUCUCCCUUUUAGUCUUGCGGAUUGUGCUUGCUGCUAAGUUCUCCUUGCUGAAGUGCUUAUAGGCUUACCAUUAGUUGGAGAGAACACAUAUUUGGUCAAAAUCAGUGUAUCUCCCUGACUGCUGAUGCAGUCAGUCUGGGGAGAUUGUGAGGACCCAUUCCAUGUGUUGUUCAGCCAAUGGAGCAGGACAAAUCCAUCAAGUCAUUCUUCAGCUCCUGCAGCAUGCAGUUACUGCACAAAGACCCCUUACAACCAAUGCAAGCUCUUCAUUCCAAAAAAUGUAAUUUUGAGAAGCCAGAGACACACCCUGGUUUGCUCAGUGAAAAGCAGCCCUCUACGAUCAGAGAGCUGCACACGAAGGACCCAGCGACUUGUGGCUGGGAGGCGAUUCUUUGUGGGCACAGGCACUCUGAAGACCUCUGCAGAAAUGCCACCUUUGCUCCCAUGGCUUGGCUUCGUCCUUGUGCUCAGUUGGCUGGGAGCUGACGCAGCUCCGGCUGGGACAUACCUGUGCUCCAGCCCCACUGUCAAUGAAACUGCUGUGUGUGCUUCAGUGAGAAGUCUCCCAGACAGAUUUGUUUGCUACCUGAGCCCCUCUGCUGUGAGCAACCUGAGCAGAGAUGAUACUUUGACCUUGGCCCAGAGGAUCACUAAGAGCUGCACCUCAAACACGACGCUCGGAAGAAUAAAUGGAAAAGGAGCUCCCUCCUCCAUGACAAGAGAGGAACUGCAGGUCGUAUCUUCUUUGGUGAGGAAGUUUGAGCGUUUCACUCCUGCAGUCCUGCAGGCGUUGGGCCAGAUUGCUGUCGGGCUGUCUGUAUCUGACAUCGAAAAUAAGAUCAGCGAGGAAGACCUUGCAGCUUCAGUUCCGGUCCUGGGUAAAGUUCGUGGCUGGAAUGCUGACCAGUCCAGUGCUAUUAUCAACAAACUGCUCAGCUCUGGCUAUCAGAUUUCUUCUGGACAGAGCCUGGCAAAGCUAGGGAGCUUGGUGGCUGGCCUCAACAGCAGCACACUUCGAAGCCUGUCUCCAGAAGUGAUCUUAGAAGCCAUUAAGUUGCCUGAGUUUGUUCAGCAAAUAGUGGCCCUGCCUUCUCCUCUGAAAAGGAUAUUUGUGGAAAAGAUUUCCUCCAGUGUAGGCAACCCUGCUGACCUGGUUAAAUUUACCCCUGGUGCUCUGGCCAGGUACAUUCCGAAAUCAUUGCUUAUUUUUGAGGAUGGGAAGCUCAGUAUUGAGGAUCUCAACAGUAAAAUGUGGACCCGAGAACAGGCUGCCAUGUUUUUCAGAGAUGUGAUAAGGACAGAGCCUGACUUCAGCAGGCUUUCCCCAUCAGUCCUUCAAGGCUACACAUGUGCAGUUGCCAGUGAAAUGGAACCAGAAAGAGUUCAGGAGCUGGCCAAAGUCAUGAAGAGGAAGAAUGUCAAGCUAGGAGAAGACCAGCUGAGUUGCUUAGUGAAGAUGGUGACGCUGCGUGGGAUUCCCAAGGACUUAGAUAGCUAUCCUAAAGACAUGUUGCUAUUUUUAAGUCCUUCAGACUAUGCAGCAACAGGAAGCUGUAAGCAGUACUUUGCUAAUGUUGGGAAAGCAAAUCUCAAUCUUCUGCAAAGACAGUCAUCAGAGCGCAAACAGCUGCUGCUGGAAGCUUUAGCGUGCUUGAAAAUUCCAGGCACACAAGUAAACAAGGAAGAUGCAAAGAUUCUGGGUCAUCUGGUCUGUGACCUGGGUGGAGAAUACAUUAGAAGUUCUGCUGGGAGUUUGCUGAAGGAGUUAAGCCAGUGUGAAUCUUUCCUGCCUGAUCAAGAAGCAGCUAUUAGGAGUGUGAUCAGCAGUGGCAACACUACAUUUGGGCCUCCUCAAGUGUGGUCAGCUUCAACCUUGAAUGAGCUCACUGGGUUGAUUCCUGUAUUGGAUCACAGCAUCUGGCAGAAGAUCCCCAAGAAUGUUCUAACUCGCUGGCUGAAGAACUCUGCACGUAGUUCACCUCUGUCGAGGGCACAGCUGGCCACCAUUGUUGAAGAACUCUUGCCUUCUAGGCAGAAGCGUGAUGUUGGUUGCCCAGAUGACCUGAAGAUAACAGAGACUGUUCUUAAUGAUGACCUGAUGCCUAUUUACUAUACACCUGAGGAGCUGCGUGCUUGCCUGAAGAAUGUCUCUCUGAAGAAUUACUUCUCUGAGAUCCUGACCUACCCCUUCAGUAAUGAGCAAUUGGCUGUGCUGAAGGAGAAGCUGGAUGAGACAUAUCCUGAUGGAUAUCCUGACAGUCUGCUCCCCAAACUGGGCCUCCUUGCUUCUUUAAUCACCGCGGAGGAUUUUAGCAGAUGGAAGAUAACUUCAGCUGACAGGCUGGCUGCCUUGCUAGAGCUUGACCUCCAAAAUGAACAGGCUGCUGCUGUGAUCAGUCGAUAUGCUGCCUUGGGAAAUCCCUUGAAUGCCACUGCACUGAAUGCAAUUAAUACAAAAUACUUGUGCAUUCUGAAUGAGACCUUGCUGAAUAUGAUAGACCCCAACACCCUGAAACUGGCAUCCCUGAAUCCUUCAGCCUGUUCACAGCGUACAAAAGAUAUCCUGUAUGAUAAAGCAAAACGUGCUUUCUCAGACCGGCACUAUUUAAAUUCUUAUUAUACGCUUAUUGAACCUUAUCUAGGAGGUGCUCCUGGUGAGGAUCUCAGAGCUCUGAGCAAGGACGAUGUGAACAUGAAUGUUGAAACACUGGUGAAUUUGAGAAGAGAUGCUUUGAUGAGCCUGACACCUGCUGAGGUUAAGGGCUUGCUGGGGAUAAAUCUGCCCAAUCUGGCAAAUUGGCGGAACAAGUCUCCCAUCCAGGAGUGGGCCCAAGGACAGAAACAAACAGAACUGAAUGAACUUGGUGUUGGGCUCACUGGGGGAACACAAGAAGGCUAUAUGAACAUCGUCACGCCGAAGUUUCAGCCACCGUCCUCAGCCCCUCUGGGUACCAUGGCCAUGAUGCUCCACCUCCUGCCUGCUCUGAUUCUCAGUUUCCUGAUGAUGUCGGUCUUGUCUUGAAAAUCUUCCCUUGGAUACAGCAAGAUGAGGUGGACCAGCGUGUGACCGGCUCAGAGCCUGUCAGGGACAGCCAGGCCAGGGGGUGAGGGGUGCUCAGUGCGAGCAGGCAGCUGCUGUGUGGCUCUGUGCUCAUUGCUGGGUAUUUUCCUCUUUCAAAUCAAUAGAAAAAUAUAGCUUUCUAUUGGAAGCGAAGCUUUCAGACUAUUCAGAGCAGGAUCUCUUUUUGCCUUUUGUACAAACCAAGCCAAGGUAAUACACAUCCCUUGUACUGCGAUGCAGCCGCUAUCAAUAUUUUACUAUGCAACUGUGGUGGGUUUAGGGGUGAGCAAAUCUGCAGUUCCGCAUGUUAAUGAUUGCAUUUCUGAGCACCUGUUCUCUCAGCACUGCCAGGCCCUCUGAGUGGGAGGAAAGCUUUCCAGCUGGUUCUAAAGAAAUUGUGGAGCUAUGUAAAAGUGGCAGAAGCAAAAUGGGAAUUGCUGUUGUCUUCUCUUCAUUCACACUGCCUGCACUGCAGUGUCUGCGGGUACUAGAUCAAAUUAAAUGGCCAGGAACCUCA